AUGGAGCAAUUCUUUGCAGCCAAGACUCAGCUCCUCACCAACUUGGCUAACACCAUGGCAGCCAUGCAAGCUCAGAUGAACAAUAACAAUAACAACAAUAACAACAACAACCAGCAGCAGCCACUACCAAGGGACAAGCACAGGGAGUUUAUGAGCCACAAGCCCCUGACGUUCUCACACUCUCCAGACCCGCUUGAUGCUGAUUAUUGGUUAAAGACUGUGGAGAAGAUGCUGAACAUUACCCAAUGCUCUAACAGAGAGAAGGUUCUAUAUGCUUCAGGACACUUGGAGGGACCAGCUGCAGAUUGGUGGGAUGCCUACACCACCACCCAUGCCAACGCCAAUGGCAUCACCUGGGAGGAAUUCAGGACUAACUUCAGGAGUCACCACAUUCCUUCUGGACUAAUGAAGCUCAAGAAGAAGGAGUUCCUUGAUCUCAAGCAGGGGAAUAUGUCACUGACUGAGUACAGGGAUAAAUUUGUCCAGUUGUCCCACUAUGCUCCUGAAGAUAUCGCAGAUGAUGAGCAGAACUAG